AAUAAAUUAUGUCUCACGUUUGCGGUACAACAUUGAGUAGACGUGUAGUUAUCAUUAGGGGCUGGUCGAGUUCAAAACAUUCAUGGGAGUACAGAGGACGACCGCUCUAUUCAUAUUCACCGGGAAUCGCUGGUGUUAGCGUUAAGUUAACAUCAACAUAUCAACUUCGUUCAUUAGCUUCAUUACCACUCUCAUCAUUGCCAAUAACACCAGCAACAGCCGCGAUAGCGUCAUCAGUCGUAAAUAAAUCCAGCAAGCCGACAACAAAUCAUCGGACUUUCAGUAGCACCAUGGCUAAAGCUAAUGAUCAAUGUACACUUACUCUCGACAAUGUUUUCUCAAAUUUACGGCGUAUGGAAUAUGCUGUACGUGGACCUCUUCUUCUACGUGCUCUGGAAAUUGAAAAGGAACUUAAAAAGGGUGUGAAAAAGCCAUUUAAAGAAGUAAUUAAAGCAAACAUUGGAGAUGCACAUGCUAUGGGCCAACGUCCAAUUACAAUUUUACGUCAAUUACUACUAUUAACAAUAUCACCGGAGCUUAUGAAUGAUCCGCGUUAUCCAGAGGAUGUUAAAAAGCGUGCACGAGAUAUAUUAGAUGCUUGUAAAGGUGGUAGUGUUGGCUCGUACUCUGAAUCCCCAGGAAUAGAAAUCGUACGUAGACAUGCAGCUGAAUAUAUUGAGAGACGUGAUGGUUAUCCAUCAGAUUAUAAAAAUAUUAUUUUAUCAAAUGGUGCAUCAGAUGGGAUAAAGUCAUUUUUAAAAUUAUUUAACGAAGAAAUAAAUGGACUACCAUCGGGCGUAAUGAUCCCAAUACCUCAGUAUCCAUUGUACUCGGCAGCUUUAGCAGAGUUUGGUCUAUCACAAAUUGGUUAUUAUCUUGAUGAAGAUAACAAGUGGGCAUUAGAUACUUCAGAGCUUGAGCGAGCUUACAAUGAAGCUAAAAAAACUUGUAAUCCACGUGUUCUUGUUGUUAUUAAUCCUGGAAAUCCAACAGGACAAGUUCUUACACGCACUAAUAUCGAAAGUAUAAUACGUUUCGCACAAAAAAAUCGUUUAUUUAUUUUAGCUGAUGAAGUAUAUCAAGAUAAUAUCUAUGACCCAGAUAGUGCAUUCCAUUCAUUUAAAAAAGUUAUGAUUGAAAUGGGUGCACCCUUCAAUAAAAUGGAACUUGCAUCAUUCAUGUCGAUAUCAAAAGGAUACAUGGGCGAAUGUGGAAUUCGAUGCGGGUACGCAGAAUACUUUAAUAUGGAUCCUGAAGUAAUGGCAAUUCUUUCAAAAUCAAUAUCAGCAAUGUUAUGUCCAACUGUAUUAGGUCAAGUAGCUAUGGAUGUUGUAGUCAAUCCUCCAAAACCCGGUGAACCAUCAUACGAACAAUUUAUAAAAGAAAAGACAGCUGUACUUGAGUCAUUAGCCGAACGAUCACGACUAGUUGUCGAUACACUUAAUAGUAUUCCAGGGUUUAAGAGUAAUCCAGCCAUGGGUGCCAUGUAUGUAUUUCCACGUAUAAAUUUACCACCUAAAGCUAUCGAAGCUGCUAAAGCUGCGGGUCAAGCACCCGAUGUAUUUUAUGCAUUUAAACUUCUCGAAUCAACGGGAAUUUGCGUAAUCCCUGGAUCUGGUUUUGGUCAAAAACCUGGAACUUAUCACAUACGUACAACUAUUUUACCCCAAAAAGAAAUGAUUAAAACAAUGCUUAACAGUCUCAAAGAAUUCCACUUGAAAUUUAUGAAAGAAUACAGUUAGUUAGUUUAUUUAAUAUAUUAAUUAAUAUUUUUAAUUCGACAAUAAAGUUGACCGGUCGGCAAUA